GACAAUACUCUUACGUCAAUCCUUCAUUCACAGUAACCGUCAUUCUAAAUGCGCAUUAGUUGAAUAGAAAAAGAUAAAAAUUUUGUCUUUAUCUUUAUAGACAUAUAAUCAAAACGAGAGAGAGAGAGAGAGCAAAAUUCUUUACAAUAUCGAAAUGGCACUCAAUGUACAAGAUUCUAAUAUGGAUGAGGAAGAAGAUUUGCAAGCAAGUCAAUGGUAUGGAGUAAGAGAAGCUACUUUAUUCCUUGUCGAUGCGACACACAGAAUGUUUGAAGUAGAUCCAGAGACCAAACUCAGCCACAUUCAAAAGUUUUUCAAGCUAUAUAAACAAAUUCUUCGGCAGAAAUUAGCAUGGAGUAUGCAAGAUUGGAUGGGUGUAGUAUUAUUUGGUACUGAAGAAAGCGACACAAACUCAGGAUGGAAACACAUUCAAAAUAUACAAGAACUACGAGUUGUUACCUUGGAUGAUUUACAACGAGUCAGAAAACUAACUAAAAGUGGCAUGCAAGGCUACCAGAGCAUGAAAUCUAAGGAUACUUAUCCACUUCAUGAUGCUUUAACAUACGCAAUGGACAUUUUCUUGAAGAUAAAAACAGUUCUUACCAAACGCAGGAUAGUUCUGAUCACUUCUCAUACCGCUAAACUCGCAGAUGACGAAAAACAUCGCAUCAGAUCGACAGCAGCAUCUUUGAAGGACUUGGACAUUAAGUUGUAUGUGAUCGGUUUGGGGAAGAAUUGGGUACAAGAUCAAUUUUACAAAGAUUUGGAGAUCCUAUCAAGAAAGACGGAUGUAGAUGUUUACAAAAUGACAUCACUCGUGGAUUUAGUGCAACAGAUUAAAGCACCUUCCAAAAACAUUGCGCGUUUAUGUUUCAAGAUAUGCGACGAUGUGGAACUUGAUUUGGUCAUUCGUACUCUGGGCAGAAAACGUAGAUGCUUACAAACAAAGCCACUCAGUAAAGCUACUAAUCAAAUUUUAUCGAGAUCGACGUAUUACAAGGGUGAAGAUUCCAAUGAUGAGGAUAGUGACAAUGACGAACUUAAUUUACCCUUUAUGAUACCAGAAGAAGUUAACUUGGAAACUAAGGAGUUAAUUGGUUGCAGAAAACUGCGUUUUACGCAGAAAGAGCUUUCCCAAAUAAAGCAUAUACAUCCACCAGGCAUCAAGAUAAUCGGCACAAAACCUAUACCUGACGAUCUCUUUAGAUAUCACGUUAAACGGAAGUAUUUCGUCAGAGCGGAUUACAAUAGUACUCGUAAAGACAAUUUAUUGUUCUUCAGCGCUUUAUUGAAUAAAUGUGCGGCUAAAGGAAAAAUGAUCAUUUGCAUGUUUACAUUGCGAAUGAAUACUCGAACUAAUCUCUGCUACAUGAUUCCAAAUGCUGAGUUGGGUGGCUUUUAUCUAUCAAAAAUUGCAUAUGAAGGAAACAUAGGAGAUAAAAGCGAAGCAUUGCAUCAUUAUGAUACUCAGAACUGUGUAACCGACGAAGAAGUGGCACUGUGGAAAAAGACGAUCGAUCAGCUCAAUAUGGAUUACCAUCCCUAUAAAUUUAGAUCCUACAAAUUGGAAUGUCAAAUACAAAUAGUAGAGAAAUUAGCUCUGGAUAAAGAACCUGGUCCUCCACCAUCUGAUUCGAUUGAGCAGUCGUUUAAGAAAACUCGUGAGAAAACAGCAGAUUUAGUGCCUGUAUUUAAAAACAUGUAUCCUAAUAUAAGCCAAUCCGAUGGCCCGUCAAAAGCAAAAAGGGCUAAAAAGAGCAAAAAGGGAACAUCAUAAUUAUGUAGAAUAAUCCAUAAUGAAAAUAAUAUUGACAAUAUAUCCAAAAAGAGACUUUACAUUUCUACAAAACGAACUAUUUUAUUUAUAUAUAUGGCAAGGAAUAACUUUUUAAUAGAAUAAGUGCUGCAUGGCAAAUAUACGAAAAAGGAGAAAAUGUUGUUAUUUUUAGAUAUAUUUUACAGAUUUACAUUUUAUUUGAUAAAAUAUUGUAAUACAUAAAGUUAUAUAAAUCAGAAUCAUGUUCCUUUUAAUAAAAUAGGAGAUAUAUACUCGUAUUACAUUGUCAAAUCUUAAACUAACUUCAUAUAGGCACUUAAAAAAGGCAUCUUAGAACCUGAUCCACAAUUGAUGUACAAUGUAUACUAUGAAAAUUAUGUUUAGCACAGAUUAAAAACUAGUAUCAUUAUAAUUUUUUAAUAAAAUUUUCAUA